UGCCGAAGUGGCGCCCGAAGCCGGGACAAGUUAGGGGCGGGGGCGGGAAGGAAAGUGGCCGAACAGUUGCUUUGGGGAGCUCUGCCUUGGCCCCUCUCUCGGGGGUGCCUGUCACUGCAGCCUGGGGGCGAGGUUGCACCUGGGUGGCCGCCUGGGCUGGAGGAGAAAAGUGCCGUGCCCUGUGCUGGUUUCCCUGCUCAAAGUUCCUGUUUUCUCCGAGCUGCAAGUCUUAUGAUCCAUUGUGUCAUCGUGCUCAGCUGGCAGGGGCGAGAGGAAGGAAAAGCCCUGCGAGCCGAAUUUGGCACUGCCCGGGGGAGAAAUGCCAGCCCCGGCGGGCUGCGGCGCCUGCUAAGCGACCCGCAGCCGGGGGCAGCGAAGAUGCGGACUCGCCCCUCGGAGCUCAGCUGAACCCUUGACAAUGACGAGUGGCCUCGAACCAUGGCCAAUGGGACCGGGACGGUCAUGUUGAAAUGCGUGGUGGUGGGGGACGGGGCCGUGGGGAAAACGUGCCUGCUGAUGAGCUAUGCCAACGACGCGUUUCCAGAGGAGUAUGUGCCCACCGUGUUUGACCACUAUGCAGUCACUGUUACAGUUGGGGGGAAGCAGUAUCUGCUGGGUCUGUAUGACACUGCAGGACAGGAAGACUACGAUCGUCUGAGACCUUUAUCUUAUCCUAUGACAGAUGUCUUCCUUAUCUGCUUCUCAGUGGUAAAUCCAGCCUCAUUUCAAAAUGUGAAGGAGGAGUGGGUACCAGAGUUAAAGGAAUAUGCACCUAAUGUACCCUUUUUAUUGGUAGGAACCCAGAUUGAUCUUCGUGAUGAUCCAAAAACUUUAGCAAGAUUGAAUGAUCUGAAGGAGAAGCCUGUAUCUAUGGAGCAGGGACAGAAGUUAGCAAAAGAGAUAGGAGCCUGCUGCUAUGUGGAGUGUUCAGCUUUAACACAGAAAGGACUGAAGACUGUUUUUGAUGAAGCUAUAAUAGCCAUUUUAACUCCAAAGAAACACACAGUGAAAAAAAGAAUAGGAUCAAGAUGCAUAAAUUGCUGUUUGAUCACGUGAGAGACAUUUGACAAUGGCCAAGCCUGCUGUGAAUUUCUAUCAAACGUAAAUGAUACAGUUCAUAAGUACACAGAACUUGUGUUAGAUCAUAGAAGUCUGUAAGCUAAACUUAGGAAUCUAACCUCUGAAAUCAGUGAAAUUCAGAGGAACAAAACCAAGCAAAUCAACAAAGCUCUGGACAACCCUUACUAUGUCUGUGGAACAAUUUUCUCCAUUUUGAGGCAAGUAUACAAUGUACUGUUCUUCUCCUGUCUUCAAGGUGGAGGAGAAAACUGGGCAUCUAAAACUAUCACUUUCUAGCUUUUUGCUCCAGGUCUUGGCUUGUGCUUCAUGAGCAGCAAAGAGUUUGCUUGCUCUUUAUGGUACUCCUCUUCCUUCUGAAGUCAGCUUUUUCCUGGUUCUGAUUCUGUCCAUUAUAUCCUUCUGGUUUGGGGAAGUGUAUUUCCCUCCUAUCCUCUGAUCCUGGGAAGUUUAACUCGAAUAAGAACUUUGGUCCUCUGCUGUUUCACCUUGCUUAUUGUGUGCAGUUUUGUAAGCAUUAUUUGGAGGUCUUUAGGAGUGUAGCAAAGAUGACUAUCUAUAAAUGAGAUGCCUUAUGUACUCUUUAUUGACCUUGAUUCACUUUCCAUUUAUGGCCCAUUUCUAUUUGGUAAUUUUGUUCAACAGUGUCAUAACUGCUGCUUUAUCUUUAAACCAAAGAUUUGCUCAUUUUCAUUCAUUAAGAACGGCAUUGCAUCUCUUUUGUAUAAAGUCUUGAUGUCUUCACAUAAUAAGGUAUUACUACAUUUAAAAAUAGUGUAGUGUGUUUUGUGGCCUUGGGUAAGAUCAUGCUUCAAUUGGAUCUUUGCAUUUCCAUUAUCAGGUUGAAAUCAACUUCAAUAAGUUUCAGAAUUUUACAGGUUUACAAAGCAAAAAUCUUUGCAAUGAUAUAACAAACGUGUUACCUUCUGUAUGAAAGUGCCUCUUGCAGUAUCACUAGUGGUAAGAAGAAACGAUUUGUAUUUCAGCAAAGUCAAAUACCUUACAAUGGCUUGAUUAACUUGGCUGUUUUCUGUGUGUCCAGUUCACUAAGUGAUCAGUGACCCUUUAUUAAAUCUUACCUAUGUUAGGUGAAUUCAGGUAUGCAGGUCCUCCUCUGCUUUUCACAAGUACAUGUUGUUCCUGGUGGCUUUUGGAAUCUUUCAUCUUUCCCCUUGUGAAUCAAUAUCCCUCACAAUCUACAGCAACUCUUUUUUUGCCCUAUCCAUGCUCUUACUGGGUCAUUCAACUGCUACUAUGACUUAAGGAAAUUUGGGGGAUUGUUAUAGCUUCUCCUGGUCCAAUUGUAAAUUACAUCAAACCUGGUGUAAAACUCAACAUAAAAAACUCUCUUGCAUUCUCAAUCACUGUCCAGCACUUCAUAACUUUAUUUUUUUAAAUACUGCCGUCACUUUCUUCAUAACUUCAAAGGCAUUAUUCCUUGCUUCCUUUUGAAUCUGUGCUAGUUUACUGCAGAAGUUUAUAGACUAUGCCAUUGACAGACCUCUGCAAUCCUCCCUUGGCUUUUAGCAGCGCAUACUCACACUCUCUCUCUUUCUCUUCCUAGCAGCUAAGUGGAAGGGAGCAAUAAGAGACAAGGAAUGCCACACUUCCAGUGGCAUGGAAGGGAAGGAUGUUGGGCCAGAUGCUCAACCUGACUGCAGUCCCUUUGCACUGCUCUGAUGGCACAAAGGAGCUGUAAAGCCAGUUUUACGUGGCCUCCUGUGGAUUCCCCAAACAUAGGGGGAAAAUCUGCAGCAUGUACAGAGUGAGCCUAGCUAUGUUGUGCUCAUCUUCCUCACAGCCUUCAGCAUAAGGAGUGAAACGGGGGGUUGAGAAUAUAGUCAGAGCCCUUCUGCACUGUUCUGACCCUUGUCAGCUGGAAUUGCCCUUGAAGCUGACUUGCAGCCAAGUGGAAUUUACAGGAGCCCAAAGGCUCUUCUAGAUUGAAAUAGCUGCUGGCUGGCCCCAGGACUGAGAAACUACAGAGAUGACAAAGUGGCCUCUGCUCCCAUGGACUACUGUGGUAACUGGAGCCACAAAACAAUCACAGUGCAACUUCCUCCAAUUGUGAUGUGUCAUGGCGUAAAUGACUCUCAAAAACACUCAUGACACAAUACACACAGCAUCUGUAACUUCAUUGAUUCCAUAAGGGCUCUCCUGAUCUUCAAGGCCGAGUAUUGCUGAUCUCAAUUAUUUCCUGGACCCUCAUUCCCAUAGGUUCUAAUCAUUUUCUGCUUUGCCUUUUUUAAUCCAAUUAAUUUUCCUGGUCAGGCUGGAUUCUCCCUGGUUUCUGCAUUUGCCCUCUGUAUUUGAGUUGGCUUCCCUUCACUUCCCCAUACCAUGUAUCAACUAUCUCAUUAGGGGCAUGACAAAAUAGAAUCUAAGCAGUAAAUACGUCUGUGUAGUUAAAUAAAAGAUUUUGUUCUACUUUUAAAAUGUAUGCACGUAUUAAGCUCAUGCAGAUUGCAGUCCCCUCUCAAAGCUCAUUCUAGGCCUCAGAGAAUUGUAGAGGACUGUACACAGUUUAGUUUAUACAGGAGUUAGGGGCUGCAGAGAUACACCCUCACUGGUUCCCACGCGAAGGGUGGGUCAGGAACACAUAAAUAGGAAGGUAGGCUAUUAUCCUCACUUUGGGUCAGAGAGAGGGGAAAGUUUCUGGUUGAGAGACAGUGAAAGCUAUGACUUCCUUCAGACAACUAUCACAAAUUGUCCUGCUUCUGAGAUGCCAGAGUAAACAUCAACCAGCAUCCCCACAAAAUCCAUGAAAGCAGCUGGUUUCCAUACAGUAUACAUGUGGAAAAUGGCCCAUUCGAAGGUGUGUGUAAUUAUGAAUCUGAAUUGAAAAAACUGCUUGGAAAAAAAAAAAUCUAACAUCC